AGAAUCGUCGUCGACGCUUGAACCGUCUUCAGAACUAAAAGCCUAAACCCUUCUUCCUUCUGUGACAAAAAUGGCCGGCAGAGGAAAAUCUCUCAGUGCUCGCACCGGCAAGAAAGGCGUCUCUCGGAGCAGUAAAGCAGGUCUUCAAUUCCCCGUGGGUCGGAUCGCCCGCUUCUUGAAGUCCGGGAAAUACUCCGACCGUCUCGGUGCCGGAGCUCCAGUCUACCUCGCCGCCAUCUUGGAAUAUCUCUCCGCCGAGGUGUUGGAAUUGGCUGGGAAUGCGGCAAGAGACAACAAGAAGACUCGGAUUGUUCCUCGGCACAUUCAAUUGGCGGUGAGGAACGACGAUGAGCUGAGCAGGUUGCUGACGAAAGUGACGAUCUCCAACGGCGGCGUUUUGCCGAACAUUCACAACAUGCUCUUGUCGAAGAAAAUGGCCAUCGGAUCAAAAGUUGAGGGCUAAAUGCAUUGUUUGAUGCAGAAGAUUUCGUGCAUUGAAUUGGUUUUUGCUUGUAAUUGAGGAAAUCAACAGCUAGUGUAGUGCAGUUGUAACAGAUAUGUGGAAGAAGGCAGUUUGAAUUAUUGUUAAAAAAAAAAAAAUC